AUGCCUGUGUUGGACGCCACGGAGGAAGCGCACCAGGCACUUAUUAAGGUAUUUCGAUGUGCUGCGGAGAAGGAACUCUCGCAGACUGAUAAGGAUGCCGAGUCCUGGGAUUGUGAGGUGGCCCGCAUUAAUGCAGAGGCGCAGAAGGCAUGGAGUGAGCAGAAAACUCCUUUCAUUCCUGCCAUGUACUUGCGACGACGCGAUCCCUCUGCUGAAAAGGCUCUUCAACUUUUGCGAAUCACAAGCAAAGCUUUUGAGCUUAAUCUACGCUUCAGGGAAAUAGAACAACUAGAUGAGAUGCAUGCCAAAUUGUGGGAGCUUCUUAGUGCCGACAAAACGCGCAUGACAAUAACCGUCACUGAGUACAUGAAGAUCCUGGGUAAGUUUAAAGCGUGGCAAGAAGAACGUUUUGAAUCGACGCCGAAGUCCUCACCUCGGCGAGAGGUUUCCGUACGGUCCUCACAACAAGAGUGUUUGGAUGACGCAACACCGUUAGGGGAUGUCGUGUAUUUAGCCUCCGUGAUGCAACCACGACCAUCGGUACAGUUGUACCUCUCAUGCCCCCGAUCCCCUGCAGGUGGUGUAGAGGUGGUUCACAUUUACCAGCGAUUUGCCAAGCAGGUGUUCCUUGUGAAGUGUGAGGCAGAAUUGAUUAUGUGGGACACCAACAAUGACGGGUGCUUGGUUGAAGAGGAAAUGGAAAGCUACGUGCGCGACCUAGUUCCGAGGAUCGAAGUAUUGCGAGAGAUCACGGAAGAAAUGUUGCCCUUCUAUUGUUGUGCAGUGAGUCGGCGCAUCUUCUGGGGAUUGGAUCCUGGGUCCAGAGGUUUUAUUCGCAUAGAUGCCUUGCUGCAAAACCCGGUGAUGGAUGAGUGGGUAAGUCUGCAACUGAUGCGGGAAGAGCAGCCGCGGAAUUGGUUUAGUGCCGCCAUCACAUCAAAUUUAUACGACAAGUUCCUCUACCUGGAUACUAGUAACCGGGGAACUCUUAACGCAGAUGAUAUGAAAAGGUACAAGAAGGGUCUCCCCACCGUGAUGGAUGACGGCCUUCCUCCGGGCGUUGGGCCACUCUCCUCCCUUUUCAUUGAUCGCUUCUUUGAGACAAACGUGACAAUGGCAAAGGCGGAACUAGAUUUUCGCAAAUUUGUGGAUUUUGUAGUGGCGGUGGAGUUUCUCCCAUCAUGCCAGAAACCGCUUUUUUUCUGGAAUAUUCUCGAUAUAGAAGGAAGCGGCUACCUGAAGCCUGUGCACGUGAACCACUUUUUUCGAGAAACACACGCUAAACUGGUGGCUGCGGGGCUUGAGGUGCCUUCACGGGAAACCGUUGUGCAGGAAGCCUUUGAUCUUAUUUCCACAGCAGAGCCGCUUUGCAUUUCUCGUGAAGAAUUCAUCAAUGCUCCACAGGCUGGCCUCUUUGUCGCUCUUCUUAUUGAUUGCCUUUCCUUUUGGACGUAUGAAAAUCGGGAACAACGCUAG